GUGGAAAAUUGUAUCAUUCAAUCCUUAACCGUCUGAGCAGCUAUACGGCAGCAGCAGUCAGCCAAGACCGAAAAACACACAAAAAUACAGUUUUCCCUUCAAGAGAAAGUGCGUUCGCCGCCGAACUACGUGAAAGUGUAGUGUGGACCCUCAAAAGGACUAUCCAAAGAACCCAAUUUAAAAACCGUGAAAGAACAAAAACCAAUUCAAAAAGCAAAAUGGCAAGCCAUAAAGUUACUUUCGGUGUCUUGUGUCUGGUCGCCCUGAGCGCCGCCCUUCCCGCCGAGGAGACGCGCGGCCACGCCCGCAACGCCAUCGGCGGCGAGAACGACAUUAUGGAUAGCAUCUACAGCGACUGUCUGCGCAAGGACUCCGUCUCGUGCGUCAAGUACAAGCUGUUCAGCUUCGUGGACAAGGUCCUCGGCGCCCGCGACCAGUUCGCCCUGACCGAAGGCGUGACCGUGGUCCGCUCCCCGGACGCCCCGCAGCAGGAGGCCGCCCGCUCCAUCUCCGGCGACGAGUCGUUCGAGUCCCUGGCCCUGAACCGCAUCAGCAGCUUCCUCAACUCGCACACCAUCAAGGUGGAGCUGAAGGGCGCCGACAUCGUGCAGGCCGUUAGCUCCACGGGCCGUGCCCUCGAGGAUGCCUCCGAGUCCCUGUUCGGCUCCAACGACCCCAACGCCUCCGAGGAGAGCCGUGGCAAGAAGAAGAAGGCCGCCAAGAUCCUGGGACCCAUCCUCGCCCUCGUCGCCCUGAAGGCCGCUGCCCUGCUGCCCCUGCUGUUGGGCGCCAUCGCCCUGAUCGCCGGCAAGGCCCUGCUCAUCGGUAAGAUCGCACUGGUGCUGUCCGCCGUGAUCGGGCUCAAGAAGCUGCUGUCGCAGGAGAAGCACGUGACCUACGAGGUGGUGGCCCACCCACACCACAGCAGCAGCCACUCGACGAGCCACGACUCGUACGGCAGUGGCUACAGCGCCGACGCCGGAGCCUCCUCGGCCUCCUACGGCAGCAGCGGCCAUGGCGGCUGGGGACGCUCCAUCGACGCCCAGGACCUGGCCUAUGGUGCCCAGAAGCCCGUCCAGGCCUAAGUCACAGGAUCACGAGCACACCACAAACCAAUCAAAAUCACUCAAAAAGAAGAAUCGAAUCAGAAUCGGAGACAGAAUCGCGACAACACACGAGACUCUCAAAGAGGAACACACAUUAUUUAUCGUUCGUUUUAAUUAAUUUAUUAAUUUAAUUUAUUUUAUUUAUUUCUCCAAGCAAUGAAAACGAAAAAGAAUGAAUCACACACACGCAAGAUAAUGUUAAACCGGACAGAAACCAGAACAGAAUCAGAACUAUAUAUGUUAGUUGUUAAAACUGAUGAAGCUAAAGUUAAGUUUGUAAAAAGAGCGGCCAGCGAGAGUUAACCCACAAAUUGCAAAUACUCAGCCUUAAGUCUAAGCUCGCACAGCACUUCCCCGAACCAUCGGCACCUCGAUCACCCCAACUGCAUCCAUUUGCAAUGCACUCUCAUCUGUCAGUCUAUCAAUACCUCUCUCACUAUCUCUGUCUCUAUCUACAUCUACAUAUCCAUCUUUUUUCACUCUCUCUAUAUCUGUGCUUCCAUCCUAAACUGUAUACCGUACACUGCCUAUACCAAAACUCUGCCGAUUGCCAUGCAAUCGAAGCAACGUACAAAUCCUAACUCAACAAUCUAUAUCUGUACUCUAUUAUCUGCCUGUUCAACUAUGUUCUUCACAUGCAAUUCUAGUCUUACAAUACAACAAUACCAGCAACAA